CUAUUCAACUUCUCUGGAAGCUAAAGAACGAAGCUCCAUUAUAAUCAACUGUGCUCAAUUUUUGGGCAUGGAGUUUAAAGACAAACCUUUACUCAAAAUGUUACACUGGCAAUUUCCUAAAUGCCUUGGCCUUAAACCUAGAAUGAUUGGCAAGAACAAAAGAAAGGCUAUGAAGCUUGGCUUCUCGACUGAAAACGCAUGUAGAGACGCUUUCCUUAAAGAAUUUAAUUUGUAGUGAAUGGAAAGAAAAUUGAACUGAACAAGACCCUUGACCAUUUUGCAAUGGUAAUCAACAUUGGUAUUUCUGAAAUUCCUCUCAUGGAAGAAGAAGUAUUGAAGUCAACAUUGAUCAAUACCUUUGAACGCUUUGGCGAUAUUUUGAACAUUGGUAUCUCCAAGUGCGCUGACUCCGAAUGGUUCACUAGUCGCGGUUUUGCUACGAUUAAUAGGGAUAAAUUAAAAGCAACGUAUGCAGCUGAGCUCACUCCCCAAGUGAGACUUGUAGGUUUUCAAGCAGUAUUACUGAACACCGUUGGUCUCAAAUGAAGCCUAUUUGCACUGGCUGUCAUACGGACGAACACAUCCAAUUUGACUGACCCAAAAGAGUCAGAAAUAUAUGCUUCCGCUGCAAGAGCCCUAACCACUUGCAAGUCAAAUGCCCUAUGGCACCUUGGAAUCGUGACCCUCAAAACAAACAAAACAGGAGGAAUGUCCAAAAGUAGAAAGUCUGGACCUGAAGAGGAGU